AACCUGGACAUCUGAUCACCAUUCCGCGCUCUAAAAUGAGUUUUGUUUCCCCUUCCCUAAAAAUGCCGCAUAUCGGUCGUCUGCUCGUUCCUUUGCCUUAAAAAAACUUAGUGAAACUGCAUUGCAGUGAUCACUCCGAGCGCACGGUUUUGCUCGGCACAGCACGACAUAGCUGCUGAAGGAUGGUUCGAUACAGUGAAUAAAUGAAAUGGAACUGACCGGUGUGGAAACGUCGGGCCUGAGUUGGAGCACGGCCAGUGUUUUUUUUCACCCCUCUUUCUUUCAUUCCUUGCUUCUAUACUAUGCGAUUACUGGUGGCGUCAAUCCAGGAAGAAAUGCGUGCCGUAGUCCUUACAUCUUGCCUCCCCCUACCUUUGAAGGAUCGAUCUCGAAAACGAAUGCGUCGAUCAAAUUUCCCUACCUGGGCAGAAAAGAUACUUCGUAGUUAAAGUAUUCCUUUAGACUGUUCUACACUGAGGUUUACACAAAACCCCGUCCUCCAAAGAUUCAACUCCAAAGUUAGGCAGUGUGUUCUAUUCGGUCAGAUUCCUAACUUCUCCUGGUGUGCGAGAAUGUAACGUUUAAUGGUAUCUGCAGUCCUUCCCCGCUACCAGGAUUCGCGGGUCAGUCAGAAAGACAGCACCUACUCUUAACAAAUUGUGGGAUUUUUUUCCCCAAGGGUUAUCCAUAAAGAUGGAAGAUCAGACGAAAUUCCAAAUUGUGACCAUAAUGGGCAAAUCGGAAAGCCAGAUGGAUAUCGUGGAAAAAUCAACAAAAUUAAUGAAGAAAAGUUGGACCAUCAUUGAAAUUGCACUCAGUGCGUUACUCCUACUCAUGACAAGCACAGUGGUGGUGUUAGCUGUGUUAUAUACUACUCAAAGAGAUAAACAAUUCUCCAGUAGCACGGACAAAGUGUGCAUGACUGCAGGCUGUGUGGCAGCAGCUGCAAGGCUAAUCCAGAAUAUGGAUGCAUCUGCCUCACCAUGUGAAGACUUUUACAAAUAUGCUUGUGGGGGUUGGCUGAAUAGGCAUAUCAUACCAGAAACCUCCUCUGGAUAUAGUAUCUUUGAUAUUGUGACAUUUGAGCUGGAAAUUGUCCUCAAAGGUGUCUUAGAGAGACCAGAUGACAGAGACCGUGAUGCUUAUCAGAAAGCUAAACAACUGUAUAAAUCCUGUGUAAAUGACUCUUUAAUUGCGCGACGAGAUUCCGAACCUCUGUUGAAUCUAUUGGAUGCAGUCGGAGGAUGGCCAGUCACCACACCUGACUGGGAUGCCACACAGGAGCCUGGCUGGAGUUUAGAAAGCAUGCUACCACAGCUCACCACCAAUUACAGUAGGAGAGUGAUUGUGGAUAUAUUUGUCUGUACUGAUGAUAGAAAUUCAAGCAGAUACAUCAUUUGUAUUGAUCAACCUGGCCUGGGGAUGCCUUCUCGAGACUAUUACUUUAGAGAUGGAAACUUCAGGAGGGUGCGUGAAGCCUAUUUGCAGUUUAUGAUUUCCAUUGCUAAGUUGAUCAGAGACGACAGAAACAUUACAAAAAAUGACACUUUUGUUGAAGAAGAAAUGAUGACGGUCUUGGAGCUUGAAUGCGAAAUGGCCAAUGCUACUGCAACACCAGAGGAAAGGCAUGAUAUUACCCAGCUCUACAACAAGAUGACACUUGCUGAACUCCAAACAAAGUUUGAUCUCCGUGGAUUUAACUGGUUGCAGAUCAUUCAAGGGAUCAUGUCCAGUGUUGAUAUUGAAGUCCAUCCGGAAGAAGAAGUUGUGGUCUAUGCCAUCGAAUAUCUUCAGAAACUUAAGCAGAUUCUCCCCAAAUAUUCCAAAAGCACUCUUCAGAACUACCUGGUCUGGCGGCUGGUUGUAGAUCAUGUUACAAACUUGAGCAGGCGAUUUAAGGAUGCCCAAACAAGCUAUGUGAAGGCAUUGUAUGGUACCACCGUGGAAGAUGCUCGUUGGCGAGAAUGUGCGAGGUACACCAACUUCAACAUGAGGAACGCAGUGGGAGCUCUCUAUGUCAGGGAGGCGUUUAAUGGUGACAGUAAGAAAAUGGUAAAGGAUUUAAUUGAUAAAAUCAGGGAAGUGUUUAUUGAAACUCUGGAUGAGCUGGAAUGGAUGGAUCCAGUUUCCAAGCAGAAGGCACAAGAGAAGGUAAUGGCAAUUAAAGAGCAAAUUGGAUAUCCAGACUAUAUACUGGAGGAAGAUAAUCCCAGGUUGGAUCGGGAAUAUGCACAUUUAAACUUCAGUGAAACCAAGUACUUUGAAAAUAACCUUGAAAUUUUGAAGGCCGGAGCACAGAAGGUUCUGAGGAAAUUACGGGAGCAAAUGGAUCAAAAUAUAUGGAUGAUCGGUGCUGCAAUUGUAAAUGCUUUUUAUUCACCUAACCGGAAUCUGAUUGUAUUUCCAGCUGCAAUUCUCCAGCCACCAUUCUUCAGCAAACACCAGCAUCAAGCACUGAACUUUGGAGGCAUUGGGAUGGUGAUUGCCCACGAGAUCAUUCAUGGAUUUGAUGACAAUGGAAGGAAUUUUGACAAGGAUGGCAACCUGUACGACUGGUGGAGCAAUUUUUCAGCCACUCACUUCAAAGACCGAUCUAGAUGCAUAGUCAAUCAGUAUGGAAAUUACACCUGGGAUUUAGCCGGAGGACAGAAUGUAAGUGGGAUCAACACUUUGAGUGAAAAUAUCGCAGACAAUGGAGGCAUCAGACAGGCAUACAAGGCCUAUAUGAAGUGGGUGAAGAGAAGAGGAGAAGUCAAACUACCUGGCUUGAAUCUGACGCACAAACAACUUUUUUUCUUGAACUUUGCACAGGUAUGGUGUGGAUCAUAUAGACCUGAGUAUGCCAGCCAGGUCAUUAAAACAGAGGUUCACACCCCAUUGAAAUUCAGAGUCAUCGGUUCCCUGCAAAACUUUGAAGCUUUUGCAGAGGCCUUCCAGUGUUCAAGGGGCAAUGCGAUGCACCCAGCCAAGAAGUGCCGUGUGUGGUAAUGAACGACCUACUGCUCUGACCAUCCGAAACCCUUCAAAGUCACUGGAGUACGUGUAGACUAAAGGUGGCCAAAGCCAAUUGAUCUGCCUAAUAAUCGUCCUCUAAUUAGUCACUGCCAAGGUUAUUGCUCUUGUUCUCUGUUGUUUUGAGUGUAUACAACUGAGGAAUGUUGGCUGUAGGCAGGUUAGGCAAAUCCGUCAAACACUGACUGUUCUAUACCUUAACAUGACUGUUAACUGUUACUUACACUCAGUAAUAACAUCAGGGUGCUUUAGUUCUGCAUAGAACUCCUUACUCAAAGUUAAACCACAAUGUCAUUUCUGGAGUCUGUGCAAAUUGCUAACUCGUGAUAGGGUUCGAGAAGAGGGGAACAGUCAUACAGCAGAUACAUUAAGAUUAACUGAGGCUAUUGUUAAACAGUGAUAGAAUCUGUCUCCUGAGCAAUGCUUCUUGAAGUUUAAAAUUCCUGCAUGCCAAGGCUAUGACGUGUAAUAAUGAUGUGUCCUAAAUGCUUGUAUCUGUUUUGACAUCUAUUUACCAACUUACCCAUAGCUCAGGUGUAUUGUGUGAAAUGACGUGACAUUUUUGUGAUAUUUCUUAAAAAAAAUAUUAUUUCCCCAGUGCUGCUGUACAGUAUAAACUUCAAAAAGUGGUAUCUAAAGGCCUUUUUGAUAGCAUUUGUUUGAAUGUGCUUUUCACAAGCUGCACCUUAUUUUUAAUAUAUUUAAUCAUAUAUCGAUGAUUUAUAAUAUAUUGUUUAUAUCUAGAAAAAAAUCAUUUGAGAAAUCAUCUUAUGGUCUAUCUAUUCUGGGUGAGUUGUGUUUGACUUUAAUAUAUUCCC